CUUGCCGGCUCGAAACACAAUGACUCAGUACACGGAGAAGUACGCGACGCGCGAAAGUAUCAAAACAAUCGAUAAGACAAGUGAAAAAAUCGCCCGUUCUCAACCGUCAACCGUCGUCGCACGCGGCCAAGUGUAAUCAAAACAAAUAACACGUUUCAAACAUCCCGGACGUUUAAGACGCUCGGAUUCAGCCUCGUACGUUGCGCAGCUAUCCAAGUGUCGUACAUUACGUGCCGAACCGGCGAGUGAACCGCACGUACCGUAGUACGCGUGUCGGUGCGUUAAUUAUCAUUCCUGUCGUGUGAUUAAAAUAUUGCCUCGACUAUUGAAAUAUUUAAUCGGCCUCUCGGCGGCGACGCGUUAAUUAACGUUUUUCUGAUCGAGUCACAUCUACGCGAGUGUCAGUGCCGAUGUCAGUGCCACGAUGAGCAUUUGUAGUGCCAUGACAGAGUAGCAGGAUCGCGGGAAGCUGAGACGGGGAAAAUGAGACAUCGUCAGUCAUACUUUCAGGAGACGGCACCUUUCGCACCGCCACGGCAACGUUUAACACGAAUAGGAGAAUUGCGGCCACGAAAAUCGAGACGAGGGAGCGAGGGGCACUUAGCCCUUUGGCGAACUCGAAGGAUGCAGCUCCCAGGCGGGAGCACGAGGAUUCCGCCCGCGAGAGUACCGGUUUCUCUUCUGGUUAUCAUCAACGGCAACAACAUCGCAACGACUACCGGGAGCAAACGCAUCAGUAGCAAAAGCAGCAGACGCGGCGGUACCGGUUACAACAAUCACCGUAGCAGAAGUAGUAAGAAGCGCGAUAGCAGCGGAUACAGACCCUAUAACGAAUCGACCUUUCCGAAGAAAACCCGUCAUCCCGAGACGAGGGCGGACGGCCGACACCGAGUCACCGUACAGCAGCCUCAGCCGUUGGCGUCAGCUCUACGGCGGAAGGUGCGGGGCGAGGAAUAGUGAAGAGAAAGCGCAGAAAAAGCGAGAAACGACGGAAGAAGAAGAAGAGGAGGCGCGAGAGAAGGAGAAGAAGGAGAAGAGGAGGAAGCAGGAGUCCGUUGGGAAAGAGAAGGGUGCCGGCG